UUCACCACCAUCGCCCGCUAUCGCCUUUGCGCGUCUCGCACGCUUCCCCCUCAUGUCCUCUCUUCUUCAGCUGCCUGGCUGCGAGAGUCACACGGCUGCCCAGCUCAGUCGUCUCUUGCAGCGUCUCAAGGCUGCGGCUCCCUCUCUGUCCGGCGUUGAGGCUAUCGAGGCGCGCUUCGUCCACUUUGUAAACGUCUCGUCCAAGGCGGCUCUCGACGACCUCACUGCGUCGUCUUCUUCCUCUUCUCCGUCAUCACAUCGCGUCAUCCUGGACCAUCUCCUAGCAUAUGGUCACCCAGCUGAGCAGUUCGCCGAGGCUGCAUCGGGCACUCACCUCUACGUGAUCCCUCGUCCUGGUUCCAUCUCUCCUUGGUCGUCAAAGGCGACGGACAUCCUUCAUCUAUGCACCCUCAAGGACCAUGUCACUCGCGUCGAAAGGGGAGUCGAGUACGUCCUGCACGGCAAAGACGUCCCAGCUCUGUCGUUUAUCCCGGCCGCGGCUCUCGACGUGAUCCACGACCGAAUGACGACAAUUGUGGUCGAGCGCUCGCCGCGCUUCGACGACAUCUUCGCCGAGUCGCCUCGCAAGCCUCUCGAGUACGUAGACAUCCUCGCAAAGGCCUCUUCGGCAGAGUCUGCUGUUGCGGAGCUCGAGGCAGCCAACAAGGCUCGUGGUCUGGCCUUAGCGCCAGAUGAGAUCCGCUACCUCGCUCAAGCAUACACGCAGCUCGGACGCAACCCGACGACCCCCGAGCUCUUUUCCUUCGCCCAGGUCAAUUCGGAGCACUGUCGUCACAAGAUUUUCAAUGCCGACUGGACCAUAGAUGGGCAGCCCCAGCCCAACACCCUGUUCGGCAUGAUUCGUAACACGCACAAGGUCACGCCCCAGGGCACCAUCAGCGCUUACUCGGACAAUGCGGCCGUGCUCGAGGGCAGCGAUGUUGCACGAUUCAGCUUUGUUGAGCAGCAAGAUGGCACUGUUGCCUACGCUCAGUCUGAGGCAAAGGAGGCGCACCCCAUGCUCGUCAAGGUUGAGACGCACAACCACCCAACCGCUGUUUCGCCGUAUCCGGGUGCUGCGACUGGCGCAGGAGGAGAGAUCAGAGACGAAGGAGCCGUGGGCAAGGGAUCGCGACCCAAAGCCGGCCUUGUCGGGUUCAUGACCUCCAAUGUCACGCCGGCAACGGAAGAAGGCGAGCAGCCCGUCGACACCUCCCUGCCUGCUCACCUCAACCCGGGUAAGCCAGCCCACAUCGCCUCCAGCAAGGACAUCAUGCUCGAAGGUCCCCUCGGAAGCGCCAACUUCAACAAUGAGUUCGGUCGUCCCGGCCUCACGGGCUUCUGGCGUACUUUCUGCCUUGACACCGGAGCAGAAGUUCGCGGAUACCACAAGCCUAUCAUGCUCGCCGGAGGGUUGGGAAAUGUUCGCCCGCAAUUCGCACUCAAGUCCCCCAUCCCCAUUGGCGCAAAGAUCGUCGUUCUCGGUGGUCCUGGCAUGCUGAUUGGUCUGGGCGGCGGCGCUGCCUCCAGCAUGGCAUCAGGCGCCUCCGACCGAGCCGAUCUGGACUUCGCCUCUGUGCAGCGCGAGAACCCCGAGAUGCAACGACGCUGCCAAAUGGUGAUUGAUGCCUGCGUGGCGAGCGUAGCUGGCAACCCCAUUCAAAGCAUUCACGACGUCGGUGCUGGCGGCCUUUCCAACGCCUUGCCCGAGCUUGUGCACGACGCAGGACUGGGCGGCAAAUUCGAGCUGCGCGACAUCCUCAUCGACGACGAGAGCAUGAGCCCGCUCGAGAUCUGGUGCAAUGAGUCGCAGGAGCGCUACGUGCUUGCCGUCCUCCCCGAGGAUGUGCAGCGAUUCACUUCUAUUGCGCAGAGGGAGCGCUGCCCCUUCAGCGUUGUGGGGGAGGCAACGGAGGAGCAACGCCUAGUCGUGACAGACCGGCUUGCAGGGAAUACGCCGCUUGACUUGCCUAUGUCGACCCUCUUUGGCAAGCCGCCAAAGAUUGCCCGCGAGUCGAAGCGCCUCCAGCCUGACCUCAAGCCAUUCGAUGCCUCUGCUCUCGGCUCCUCUGACGACUUUUCCGCCGCAUUCGACGCUGCUCUUGGUCGCACGCUCCGCCUCCCCACGGUAGCUUCCAAGUCCUUCCUCAUCACCAUCGGAGACCGCUCCAUCACAGGUCUUGUCGCGCGCGACCAGAUGGUUGGGCCCUGGCAGGUGCCCGUAGCAGAUGUGGCUGUCACUCGCACCGGCUACGGGUUCGAAGAUGUGCUCACGGGCGAGGCCAUGUGCUCCGGUGAGCGCACCCCGCUUGCUCUGCUCAGCCCUGCUGCGUCGGCUCGCAUGGCUGUGGGCGAGGCGAUCACCAAUCUGGUCGCCGCCAGUGUCGGGGAUAUCACGCGCGUGAAGCUCUCGGCCAACUGGAUGUGCGCGGCAAGCUACAGUGAUGAGGGCGCUAGACUGUACGAGGCUGUGCAAGCUAUUGGCCUCGAUCUUUGCCCGAAGUUGGGGCUGGCCAUUCCCGUAGGCAAGGACUCGAUGAGCAUGCAAAUGGCUUGGCGCCAAGAUGGAGAAGGCAAAGCAGUCACUGCGCCCAUGAGCGUCAUCAUCACUGCCUUUGCACCCGUUGACGCCAUUGAUCGCACCUGGACUCCGCAGCUGCGCACAGAGGACGAUCUCGACCCUGCAGCUGCGGAGACGGUGCUCGUCUUUGUCGACCUGGCUCGUGGCAAGCAGCGAAUGGGUGGUUCCUGCCUCGCGCAAGUGUACGGUCAGCUCGGUCAAGAUUGCCCCAACGUGGACUCCGGCAACGAGGCGCUACUCAAGGGCUUCUUCGAUGCCUGCCACACGCUCAAGGAGCUCAAAGUGCACGGCCGCAAGGCAGGGGACGAUCAGCUUGUCCUUGCUUACCACGAUCGAUCGGACGGCGGGCUCAUCACUACCAUUGCCGAGAUGGCCUUUGCUGGCCGUUGCGGAGUUGAAGUCGACAUGGACGUUAUUGCGAAGAGUGCAUCAACGGAGGACCGUAUCGCCGCUCUCUUCAAUGAGGAGCUUGGCGCCGUUAUGCAGGUACGCAAGGGAGACGUCAAGGCCGUAGAGCGCAUCUUCCAGGUCAGCGGCUGCGAAGGCUGUCUCAGCAUUAUCGGCAAGGUGCUUCCCCGCUCACAGGGCGAAGGCAUCUCGCUUGUCUCUUCAUCGAGCUCGAUCUGGUCGUCGACUCGCAAGGACCUGCAGACCAUUUGGGCCGAGACGUCGUACCGAAUGCAGCGCGAAAGAGACGACCCCGAGUGUGCUCGCGAGGAGUACUCUCGCAUCUCUCCGCUCGCCAACACGCAGCAAGACGGAGGACGCCUCGAGUAUGAUCUGAGGUACAAUCCGGGCGAAGACUCACUCGGCCCGCUGGUCGACCUUCCCCUGCAGAAGCGCCCGCGCGUUGCCAUCCUCCGUGAGCAAGGCGUCAACGGCCACCUUGAGAUGGCCUUUGCCUUCUAUGCAGCCGGCUUCGCGCCCAUCGACGUCCACAUGUCGGACAUCGUCUCUGGCCGCGUCUCUCUCAAGCCCUUCCGUGGUCUCGCAGCCUGCGGCGGGUUCUCCUUCGGUGACGUGCUCGGCGCCGGAGCUGGGUGGGCGAAGAGUGCUCUCCUAAACGUCAAGGCCCGCGAAGAGUUCCAACACUUCCUCGUCGAGCGCAAGGACACCUUCGCUCUGGGUGUGUGCAACGGAUGCCAAUUCCUUUCGCAACUGGCAAAGAGUGGGCUAGUGCCUAAUGGCGGAGAGGACUGGCCUACAUUUGAGAGGAACAAGAGUGGGAGGUUUGAGGGACGGGUGUGCACGGUGCAGGUGGACGUCGAGAGUGAAGUAGUCAAGAAGAGCGUCUUCCUGCGCGAUAUGGCUGGCAGCCGUCUCCCUGCCAUCGUGGCUCACGGUGAGGGGCGAGCGCAAUGGUCUUCGCCUGAGGCGCAGGCUCGUGCCGCUCAGCGAGGUCUCGUUGCCCUGCGCUACGUCGAGGCCGGCUCUGCUCCCGAAUCAGGAGGUGCGACGGCAUACCCUACGAACCCGAACGGCUCGCCCGACGGUAUCACUGCAUUGAGUACGGACGACGGUCGUAUCCUCGCCAUGAUGCCCCACCCAGAGCGCGGGAUCACUGCUGAAGCCAUGUCGUGGAAGCCUGCAGGUGCAGCACAGGAGUGGAAGGGCAAGGGACCAUGGUUGAGGAUGUUCGAGAGCGCAAGGCGUUGGUGCGAGUAGAAGGGGGCGCAGGAGACGAAGAGCAAUAUCCGUAGAAGGACAAAAUGAAGAUCAAUGCAAAGCCGGAGCAUCAUAUUGACCUGUCGUGC